GUGAGUUGCAAGAAGGUUUAUGAGGAUGAGGAUGUCUUGGCAUUUUACGAUAAGUAUCCUGAUGCACCAUUUCACAUUUUAGUUGUAACGAAAAGUCAAUAUAUUUCAUAUGAUGAUUUUAUUUUUAAAGCUUCUGCGGAGGAAAUAGUAGGCUUCUUUAAAACUGUAAGAGAGAUAACUUAUAAAUAUAACCUAGAAAAAAACAGGAUAUAGAUUAGUUACUAACUGCGGUGAAGCGGGGAACAAGUUGUGCCGCACUUUCAUAUGGAUAUUUUAGGUGAUAAAAGAUUAGGAAAGCAUGUAAAUUUG